GUUAUCCCUCAGUAUGGAUUGUAAGCUCGUGCAGUAAAGCUUAUAUGGACUGUAGAAUCUUCUAUCACGUAUACAGGUCACUACCGGCGAGGAUACAGUCUGAAGGUAACGAAGCAGGACAUCUACAGUACCUUGUCUCUACCUAGUCAGAUUACAGUAUUGUUCUUCCUGGUCAACAGCUUUGAGGCAGAAUUACAGUAGUCUACCAAUGGCUCAUUCGAAGGAACAGAGAAUUUUGAAGUUUGUACAGGAAAAUGCAGUUAAUGGUGACCCCCAGAGCGUGGUGGACCACAUCGAUAAAUACUGCAGCCAAAAAGAAUGGGCUAUGAAUGUGGGAGAUGAAAAAGGCCUGAUUCUGGAUAAAGUGUUCAAAGAGACAAAUCCAACCACGGUUCUGGAACUUGGCACUUAUUGUGGGUAUUCUGCCACCCGGAUGGCUCGGCUACUGAAGCAGGGCGGUCGUCUGCUUACUGUGGAGAUGCAACCAGAGCAUGCUGCCAUUGCCAAACAGAUGAUAGAGUUUGCUGGCGUUCAAGAUAAGGUAGAGAUUCUGGAGGGCUCCACAGAGACAAUCAUCCCGAGUCUGAAAACAAAGUAUGGCGUGGAUCAGGUGGACUUCGUAUUUAUUGACCAUUUCAAAAACUUUUAUACAGAUGACACUAAGUUACUGGAGGAAUGUGGCUUACUCAAGAAGGGAUCUGUGUUACUAGCAGACAACGUGGUGUAUCCUGGGGUUCCAGAAUUCCUUAAAUAUGUGAGGACAAGUGGACACUAUGACUGUACUAACUACCCAUCUCAUGUGCAGUACUCAGGGGAGUUGGAUGCCUUGGAAAAGGCAGUUUUUAAGGGCCAUUAAUACAGAACCAGAAGAUACUCUGUAACCAUAUUGUAAAAAAAGAUAAAAGGAGGAAAAAAGAAAUUGUGAAAAUAAAAAAAAUUAAAAAUGUACUAUUAGAUUUU